AGUGCCAACAAUACGUUGGAGUGUGUUCAAAUAACUACUGCUGAUGCUGGAGUGCCACAUAACUUGAUUUGAAGUUUUCUACAAUGGGCAGUGAUCUGGACCGUGCCAAUGAUGAUGUCCAAACGCGAUGUCCUGAUUCACCGAGCAGGUUAUUCAUUACGCAGCAGGGCAGAACAGAUGGCAGUGAGGCGAAGCGGAGACAGAGAAGAACUGACUUUGAUAGUAGCCUACAGUCAGUCUACACACGUUCUUCAGAUACUGGAGCGAAUUCAAACACGACCGACGGGAACUUCUAAUGGAAAUAUAACAACAUUACUAACUCUCUAAAGCCUUGCACUCAUACAUUUUCUGUCAGACAGAUAAUUCAGUAUCACUCUAUCGGGAUUAAAGGUGUUUUCUUCUGACUGCAUCAUGAAGGUGACUUCUAGAGAUGAGAGCGUGAAUACUUCUGGAGAAUGUGACGGAUCCAGUGACCUGCUGACGGGUAACCCUCCCUCAGGCCCGAGCAGAAAGAGCAUGAAACAGCGCUUCCUCAAACUUCUGCCCUGCUGUCAUGUGGACUCCACGCCAACAGUCAGGCAAAGCAAUAUUGUUUUUAGUUUAAUGUUAAUUUAUUGUUAUGUUUACCUCUGUCAUAUAGACAGUAUAGAGGAGGAUUUUGAGCUUGCCACUGUGUGCUGCAGGCCGGAUAGUCUGGAAAAAAUUCUGGAACAGACCAAGUUCACCAAAACAGAGCUACAGAUCCUCUAUAGAGGUUUUAAAAACGAAUGUCCCACUGGAUUAGUGAAUGAAGAGACUUUAAAGUUAAUCUACUCUCAUUUUUUCCCCCAAGGAGAUUCUAGCGCAUACGCUCAUUUCCUGUUUGAGGCUUUUGACAGACACAAAAACGGAGCAGUUAAUUUUGAGGACUUUGUGGUUGGCCUGUCAAUCAUCUUGCGUGGCACCGUCACUGAUAGACUGUGUUGGGCCUUUAGUUUGUAUGAUCUCAACAAAGAUGGAUGCAUCACUAAAGAGGAGAUGAAUGAUAUUAUGCAGUCUAUUUAUGAUUUGAUGGGGAAGUACACAUAUCCGUGUAUGGAGGACAGUGCACCUAGAGAACAUGUCGAAAGUUUCUUCCAGAAAAUGGAUCACAACAAUGAUGGCGUCGUCACAAUGGAGGAGUUCCUGGAGUCGUGUCAAAAGGAUGAGGCCAUCAUGGAGUCCAUGCAGAUGUUGGAUCACGUAAUUUAGCUCUGCAUGAUGAUCUUUGGCAAAUAUUUCUCAACAGCAGCAGUGUUUGGACUGUUGUAGCGUCUGCUAGAUGACUUCAUCUUACACCUACAAAAAAAAAGACUGACAGUGAACACCUAAAAGACUGACAGUGAACACCUGAACAGGUGCAAUACGAGCAUGCCAUGCUAUUUUACACCCUGAGGAUGAAAUGACGUCUUUGAAGAUCAGCUGUUAUAUGCCACUGUCUUUGCAUUCUUUUUUUAUGUUAAUAUAAUUGAUAGAAAGAGAUAUAUUAAGCCAAUUCAACAA